GGUGCGGCCUGCCGUGUCGGGGGCGGGGUCUACCCUGAACAUAUCGCCGUAGAGAAGUCGUUACUGCGCGCGUGUGGUUGGAAGUGACGUUACUUCCUGGAAGUUGGCGGAGAUUGAGGCUGCUGAUGUUACAGAGAGUGCAAUGUACAAUCCACAGAAUCUUGCUGCACCAUUCUCCAUAAGGUGCAGUUAUUUCUCCUGCAGGUGAACGUUAAAACUCCGAAGGACUCAGAAUGCUCAGCCGACUGCAGGAGUUGAAGAAAGAAGAAGAAGCUCUACUGAAAGCCAAAACCACUCUACAAGAUCAGUUGAACCGACUCAAGGUAGAAGAGUUGGCCCUUCGCUCGAUGAUCAUGACUAGGGAAGAUGGCGAUGACAAUGACAAUGGUGGUCAAGCAGCUGAACCUGUAGAGUCCUCAAUGCAGGUAGAUGAUGCAAGUGUUAUCAAUCAAACCCAGCUUCAGCUGAGCACAUUACAGUCUGUUAGAAGUGCAUUGCAGGAAAAUGAGGAAGAGGAGGAGGAUGAAGAAGAAUGCAUCUCCUAAAUGGGUCAAUUUUCAGAAAAGAAUGCGAAGAAUUUGUACAAACAAAAUUUCAUUUUAAGGUGGAGUGUUGAACUGCACUUGUAUUCAGAGACUUCAUUCAUGUCAGAGCUCAGUUUUCAAUAUGUGCACUGGAAAGAUGGUCACCUCAGGGGACAGAUUCUGCCAUUUCUGAGCCUGCAGCUUGCUAACUACUAUGAUAUUGAGUGCAUUUGAAAUAGUUAUCCUCCUUGCUGUGGCUCUUACUUGAGAGAAGCAAAAAGAAACACUGAAGGUGAAAAGAAAAUGAGAACUUGUUACCUUUAUACAGCAAGUUAAGUGUCAUGAACAUUUUUGAUACAGCAAAACAUUGAACAAUUUUUGGAUUAAGAAAAUUUUAAACUGAAAUGCUGCAAUGUGGCUGAGCAAUAAAAGUAGACCGGAGAUUCCA